AGUGCGUUCUCGAACAGCCUUUCAAAACGUUGUGCUAUCAGCCGAAGCGGAUGGCAGACAACAAAUCAAGCUAAAGAGAAGUGAAGAAAACAGAGAAGGAGAACAGCAAGGAAAACAGUGACAAACUAAAAAUGCAACUUUGGUAAACAAGAAAAUAUGAAGCUCUCGGACACAAUGGCGACGCCGAUUGAGGAGAAACUCGAUCAAAAUUUAAAGGUGCGCUCGGGCAUGGUUCAUGUCAGCGAUGGCAAAUGUAGACCAGAACCACUCCGACUUAGCCUAACAAUGGAAUUGUUGACCUUGCAAAAGUUGGAAAUUGUUACGCCAACAAGCUCCCAGCUAAAUGGACCACCAAUGGAAUCCAAGGAGCGUAUGGUGCAAAUAACGAGACAGAAACAGGGUGGAUUGGGUCUGAGCAUAAAGGGUGGCGCAGAACACAAAUUGCCCAUAUUAAUAUCGCGCAUCUACAAGGAUCAGGCGGCCGACAUCACAGGUCAACUGUUUGUGGGGGAUGCGAUUAUAAAAGUGAACGGUGAAUAUAUAACCGCAUGCCCCCACGAUGAUGCUGUCAACAUUCUGCGCAAUGCCGGCGACAUUGUUGUACUCACUGUGAAGCACUAUCGCGCCGCAACACCGUUCCUGCAAAAGCAAUUAACAAAAGAUACUCCUGACUCGGACAACGAUGUCACUUGUGCCGAGCUCAAGGCAGAUGAAGGAUACAAGUCCUCGGUUAAUAGCGGCACCAUAAGUCGCAGCUGCAGUCGACCAAUGUCAAUUUGCUCGGAGCCAGAGAAACGCUGGGCCGACGUUGUGGCAGUGCCGCUAAUGAUGGCCUACGUUACACGCUACAUUUACGGCACGGACAAGUUGCGUCCGAAUGCAUUCGAGGUGCGUGGCUUGAAUGGCCUCAGCACCGGGGUCAUACACUGUGAUGAGCUGGCGAUACUCAGUCAGUGGCUCAAACUGAUUACCGAUAAUGUUGUGGGUCUCACACAUCUGCAGAUGAAACUGUACAAUCGCAAUUUCGCUGUGGGCGAACGCAUCGAGUAUAUGGGCUGGGUGAACGAGGGUGUUAUCAACAACAACAUAUCCUGGCAGAGCUAUAAGCCCAGAUUUUUACUACUCAAAGGCACCGAAGUGAUGCUCUUUGAAACGCCACCCCUAAAUGUGGCUGGCAUUAGCAAGGCCUUGGUGGUAUAUAAGGUAUACCAGACCAUGUUUCGCAUUGUGAAGGAAUCGGAGACGGUGGACAGUCGACAGCAUUGCUUCUUGUUGCAGAGUUCUGGACACGAGCCUCGAUAUUUGAGCGUGGAGACCCGACAGGAGUUGCUGCGCAUUGAGAACAGUUGGAAUGCGGCCAUAGUAACCAGUGUUAUUAAAUUGGGCCGCAAGACCUUUGCCGUUUCGCAUCAAGGCAAGAGUGGCGGACUGACACUUGAUUGGCAGGCGGGUUUCUCACUGACAGAGGGAGCCGAUGCCACAAUGGUAUGGCAGUAUAAGUUCUCACAGCUGCGCGGUUCCAGCGAUGAUGGCAAAUCCAAGUUGAAACUACACUUUCAGGACAGCGAGACGCGGGCCAUCGAGACAAAGGAAUUGGAAUGCCAAGUCCUGCAGAGUUUACUUUUUUGCAUGCAUGCGUUUCUCACCGCCAAGGUUGCUUCCGUGGAUCCAGCAUUCUUGAGUUCAAUACAGCAGACCUAAGCUUGGCUAGCGAACGCAUACUGAGAAUCAAAAAUUUUAUAGGCUAAGUGAACUAAUAGUUGUAUUUCAAAAAUACGCAACAAUUACAUAAGUAAUUUACAAGCUAUAAUAAUUAAGCAAGUUACAUAUACAACAUUAUUACAUUAUAUAAGUACAAUGCGAAUGUAUGUAAGUAAAUGGAAUUAGUUAAAUUUGAAUAGCUUAAAAUACGGAGUUAGAUUUGAUAUACUUAUAUACUACUUAUUAAAUGUAUACAUCAACUUGCAUACACACAUAAAUAAUAUUAUAUGCAUAUAUAUAUAUAUAUAUGAAAUGUCGAACGAAACUGAAUGAUAAACUUAAAGUGAAAUCUCUUGGUGCAACACAUGUAAAUUUAAGCGUGCUCUAGGCUUCUUUUCCUAUAUAAUCAGAUCAAGUUGUCGAUAUAAUUGAGCGUACUAUCUACAUACAUAUACAUAUAUAUGUAUUGAGCAAUUAGACAAUUACACUUGGAUACGUAUGUAUUUAUUUUAUCAAAAACUUAGGCAUUAUGCAAUUACUAAUCACAAAACGAAAGCUACUACGUCAUCUGACAUCGAGUAAAUUCGAAAUGGGCAAAAGCCCAUCAUAAUUGUCAACUACAACAUUAUAAAUGAAUGUAAACGAUGUGCAUUAUAGUGAAAAUUUAAUUUUCAAUUUUAAUGAAGAUGCUAUUGUUAAAACUAGGUAUUUAUUCGAAUGAAUGUUGCGCUUUUUAAAUUCAAUUCUUUUAUUUAUUUACUAUCUAAGCAUGUCAGACAAACAAGUUUCAGUUUCAAUAUAAUCGCUAUUUAAACACCAAAAUUUUAUCAUUCUCAAAAACAACAACAAAAACCAAAAAAAAACACAUAAACAGCCACCGAAAUUUGCAUUCAUAUUUUUAUUAGAUUUUACAUAAGGAUCGUGUCAACUUUCAGACUAUAUUGUAAAUACAUAUACUCGUACAUGUAAGCAUAUGUCAUGCGUCAAUUCAAAUGUGUCUUUCCAUUGAGCGAUUACACCAACAUACAACAAACAACACACAACAAACAUAGCAAACAUUUUGCUCAUAUACAUUAGGCAUUUCUAAUGGAACAAAUGGUUGAUUUAUUGUACGUAUAUGUAUACACAAAUCAGUUAAACAUAUAGCAUCAGCUUAAUAAUAUAUUAAAAUGUACUCAAAUAUGUAUGUAUAUUCAACGUCGUUCUUGUAAUUCAUGUAAGUUGCAAGGACGCACACAGGCCAGAAACUGUUAACGCAACUCAUCAACGCAAUCAUAUCAAAUAUAUCAAUUAUCAAGCCCACGUAAUCACUUGUAGAUGUACACGCAUAUAUGUAUAUGUAUUUGAACCAAAAAACAAAGCUAAAUGUGACACAAUAUUACACAAGAUUACCAGAAAUAAUUCAUGUGACUACUAUUUGUAAAACAGGAUACACCAGCAACGAAAAUCUUCGGUCUGCCGAAGACUUAAUACCAUUGCAGAUCAUUCACAUUUUUCCAAUGAUCGAGAAUGUGAAUAAUUAUAUCUCUCAUUUAAGUAUAGAGUUUAGUUGUUUAAGUUUAUUUACAUUGAUUAACUUUUUGAUUUGUCCGACUCUCUUUCCGAAUGUCAAAGUCGAUCUCAAGGAUUAAAUGAGCUUCAAAUAAAAUUUUAUAAAUGAAACACAAUAAUGUAAUUAUGUAAUGUAUUUGUAGUGUAACACUCUCGAAAUAGGCAUUUAUGGCUAGUCUCUGGUCCGUCCUCUGCUGAUAUUCCCAAAUGAUCACAAACACACAAAAAUGUCCGUAAAAUAGUCCAAGUUUCUUAUCACAAUUCUGCACAGGUAUUUAGGUAAAACAAACACACUAAUUAUACACACAUUCAUACAGGCAAAAUAGAGUAUUUACGUAGAAUGCAAAUUUACAAAUACAAAACCAGCGAUUAAUACUUGCACCUGUAUAAGCGCUAUCUGAACGAUCAGAUAUAAUAAUAAACUACAUACAUAUUUACAAAAUAAUUGUACUACUGUAUACCAAGUUACAUCAGUAUAUAUACAUAUAUAUAUCUAUAUAUACAUAUGCAUAAGCAUAAAUAUCUAACAGAACACAUUCAGACACUGCUUUAAUAAGCGCCAACAAAUUGAAAAGGCCAUUGAAUUCACAGGGAUUGGCACUCAAUCGAAGUAGCUGUGGACUCCAAGGAACUUUAAAAUUGAUUCGAAUAAUGAAAUUCUGUCGAUUUGUGUAUUUAUUUACCACUUCAAGGCACCUAAACAGACCAAAAUACGUAAAAAUGCACAACAAAUAAUACAUAAUAAUUAAUCCAAAUAACUACCCAAAGCAAACUAUUUUUUAAAAGCAUACGCAAUGAAAUUAAAUAUUCCAUCUUCGGAAUGCCGACGAUUAAAUGCUCUUGCAGACAUUUGACAGAUGUUCGAUAAACCCACGAGUAUUCAACCAAUCUUGAAAUUCUUUAUAAUUAUAAA